CAUACCAAUGAAGAUGGCGGCGGUGGGGUCCGCCAAAUCCUCUGGACUUGGGCAGAGAGGCAAAACCAGGCCUGGCGCUCUGGCUGCUCCUCUGAGUCUGGAGGAGGCCCGGUGCCCGGUGUGCUCCGAGAUUCUGCUGGAGCCGGUAACGAUGCCAUGCGGACACUCGGUGUGCCUGCAUUGUUUCCAGCGGACGGUGAAGUUAAUCAGUCUGUGCUGUCCGCUGUGCCGGCUGCGAGUGUCCAGCUGGGCCCGUCAACAGUCCCGGGAGAAGAGCCUGGUCAACACCGAACUCUGGGAGCUGGUCCGGCUCAGUCAUCCGGAGAGAUGCAGGCGGAGGCUGGAGCAGAGAGACCGAGAGAUCGCGGACGGAGAAAUUUUUCGUGCACCUGUGCCAAUUCAUAAGUCUGGAGAAAUGCAUCAAGAGUACGAGAAACAAAAGAUGAAGGGUGGAGGAAGUGAAGAAACUGAAGAGAGGAAGAAAAAAAUCCACAGAAAAGAAGAGUGUGGGAUGCUGAAACAUUGUCAAUAUCCUUUUACCGUGUUUCAGUUCUGUGGAGUGUCCGACUCUGAGAAUGAAGAGCCGGUGGGAAAGAGGACCCGACAUGUUUCAGCAUUUGUGCGAAAAACAAGAUGCUCCCCUGCUUUCAAUAGAGGUUGUCUUCAUAGCAGUGCUGUCCAGAGGAGCAGGAGCUGUACAGAUUCGGAGGAUGGAAGAGGAAAAAGCAGAGGUCACGCACAUCAUGCCGUUCCUGACAAGCCAAUCACAGUCACCCAGGUCACAGCAAACCAACAGGAAGAAAAGAUGGCGGCGAGGAACGGAAAGAAUGGUCUACUCGAAAAAUGGAGGAUUGAUGAAAAGCCUGUGAAGAUCGACAAAUGGGACGGUGCAGCGGUGAAGAACUCUCUAGAUGAUGCAGCUAAAAAGGUUCUGAUCGAAAAAUACAGCUACACUGAGAACUUCACCUUAGUCGAUGGACGACUGUUCAUUUGCACGGUCUCCUGCCUUUUCGCCAUUGUAGCUUUAAUUUGGGACUACCUGCACCCAUUCCCAGAGUCCAAGCCUGUACUGGCGUGCUGCGUCAUAUCAUACUUCAUCAUGAUGGGGAUUUUGACCCUCUACACCUCUUACAAAGAGAAUAACAUCUUCCUCAUGGCCAUGCAGAAGGACCCAGCUGGUAUGGACCCGGAUCACAUCUGGCAGCUGUCCUCUAGCCUAAAAAGGUUUGAUGACCAGUAUACUUUAAGAUUGUGUUUCACUGAUGGGAAAACCAAGCAGUCGAGGGAGAUGGAGUUUACGAAGUCAGUCGGGGUGUUCUUCGACGAGAACGGGACACUGGUGAUGGACCAAUAUGAGAAAUCUGUCUCAAAGCUUCAUGAUACAUUGGCCACAGACAAGAAGACAAAGUAACAUUUAGUAGAAACUGACGGCACUGGCCUUCAGUGACACAGCACAUGCAGUAACGGUGGCUUUAGUGGGACAAACACAGAUUUUAUUCAGGCUAGUGAGUGUUAUCAGAGUUUAGCUCGCAGCUAUAACAUUACAUAAGGUCAGCACAGUGUUCUAUUUCUUCUGUUAAAGAAAUGGUCCAGUUUUCUUUUUUGUUAACCAUGUUUUUUGUUUUGUUUUUUAAAUGCAAGUUCAAUUUAUACCGGUCUCUCAUUAUAAUGCUCUUAAUAAAAAUCCAGACAUUUCUACAACAUGCAUAGAUAAGAAAAAAACAGUGUUCUUCAAUAUCAGUAGAUUUUAGGUAAAUUUAAAUGCUCACUUUAAAGAAAUAGUUCACCCAAAAAUGAAAAGUUGGUCUAUAAAUGUAUUUUUUUCAUAAUCAGAAACAGUUCCCAUUAAGUUUUUAGGUGUUGCGAGGAUAUUUAUGUAUUCAUGAAGCAAAAUAAGUCACUCCUUACUUUAGGAGUGUUUUUGGAAGUGAUCCACGAUAGUGCGCCCACAUUUCAUGACGCCUAUAUACGCCUGUAUAUAUAUAUAUAUACGCCAAGCUUUAUAAAAUGUUUUCAAAUUGCACAUUUUUUUUCUAUUCUGAUUUAUACUUGUUGUUUAGGCUUUGAAGGACAAUGAAAAGCAAAGGAGGGACUGUGUCCAUCUGUUGAAUUGUCCUCGUGUCAUUUUGAUACUUUUGUGUUUGGCCAUUUAAACUUAAACCAGGGAUAAUCGUUUUAUGUUUUUUUUUUUUUUUUUCUUCUUCUUUUUUUGAGCAUUGGAUCAGUUUUGACCUGUUUUUCACACUCAGGAGUGAAUGGACCUGCAUUUCCUGGUUUUCUUUCUGUGUUCUGUCAACAGAUAUUUUCAAGUAAAUAAAUUAUCAAGUAAUAAUUUAUUUUGAAAGAACUGUACAUCUGGAUGCAGUUUGUUUCUCCAUAUUGUGAAAUAUUAACUUGCUGAAUUCCAUUAAGGAUUCUAAGCAUUUUUGUCUAAUAAUAUUCAGCUUUAGCUACCCAUAUUGUAUGUGCCUGUUAUCAAACAAACAGAAAAAUUACAAAAUAAAGUGAUA